CUUAAAAUCAAUUGCUGUAGAUGGACUGAUCUCAGAUUACUGAACAGGAAACUGGAAAACAUAGGAAGGUUAAAGAGCCCAUCGAUCCCUUGAGACAUUUGAGAUGAUAAUCUGCUGCCUAUUAGAAAUGAUUCCGUAACCGGAUCAGCUCAUUAAUGCUCGUCCCGCCCCUUCGUUUGAAUGCCAGCGCUGAUUGGGCACAACCGCGGCACUGACAGUGACCUCACACAGAACCUGAAGGCGACCCAAAGGAUAAAACGCGAGCGGGACGCAUCACUGUGACAGUGUCCAGCCCGCAUCCUCUCCUCAGUACUUUCAUCUGGACUUCAGGAAAAUCCGACGAGAAGAUGCCACGAGGAUUUUUAGUGAAAAGGAGUAAACGUGCCUCAUCAGCAUCCUACAAGGUGCGUGCGCAAGAAGAAAAAGAGCCGCGCAAAGAGGACCUCCCCAGCCAAACUCCAAAUGCAAGUGUCCCGGACGUGCUGGAACCUAUUAGAGAAUCAUGGGCAAGUGGGAUAAGCUCUAAAAAUGAGCAGACGCGUCUUCUGGGGGACUCUGGGGUUGUUGGAGAGAGCGUCGAUUACGCACAGAGUUACUUCAGCCACCCGGAACAGAGCGCGUCAUCUCCGCGCAACAGCACCGACUCCUACAGCCCGAUUAAACCCAUCAGCACGGAGCUUUUGGACAGGUGUCUGAGCUCCCCAGCCAUGGCAGAGUCCUUUCCCUUGGUCACUCCGGUGACUUCAAUCGAGCGUCUGCUAAUGAACCACUCUGACAUGAAGUUUGGCACACCGGUGCCCUCUUCGGUGCCCACCUACCCUGCGUUUCAUCAGUGCGUAAAACGCGCGUUCAUGGACUCAGAGCGCAAGAGCAAAGCACCAAAAAAGCCUAAAGUCAUCCGAAAACUCAAUUUUGAAGACGAAGUCACCACCUCACCAGUCCUCGGGCUUAAAAUCAAAAAAGAAAGUCCCGAGUCAAAACUGGCGCCGCAAAGCGGCAGAAAAAAGCCGCUGGGUGAGUUCAUCUGCCAGCUUUGUAAGGAAGAAUACCCUGAUCCGUUUUCUCUGGCCCAGCACAAGUGCUCCAGAAUCGUGCGGGUUGAAUACCGCUGCCCGGAGUGCGACAAAGUUUUCAGCUGCCCUGCUAACCUCGCGUCUCAUCGCAGGUGGCACAAACCUCGCGGCCUGAGCACCGGAGACGCGAAGAAGUCUCAGCUGGAGGCGCGUAACCACGAGAAGACCUCAGUGGAGGGGAAGGAGAACGCCAGCAAGAUGAGUGGGAACAAUCAGCACCAGCUGAGUCCGGACAGCUCCCAGCAUCACAGAUCAGCACCGGACAGCAACAUGAUGCACAGGGUAUCCCAAGACCCUCCUCUGGACCAAAGGUACCCAUCCUCCGAUAAAUGCUUUGAGAUGCGCAUCAGCUCCCCGGACAGCUCCAGGUUGUUCGAUCACUGCCCCGACGAGCCUGACAGAUCCACCACCCCCUACUUGCCCUCUCCCGGCCCGGAAGAAGUGUACGAAUGCCACUACUGCAGCAAGAAGUUUCGCAGGCAAGCCUACCUGAGGAAACACCUGGCCGCGCACGAGACAAUCAAAGCAUCCUCGUACGGUCACAUCGAGAGCGGACAGAUCACGUUCCCGUGUCACCUGUGCGGAGCGCACUUCCCCUCCGCGGAGAUCAGGGACAAACACAGACUCUGGCACGCGGUCAGAGAUGACUUACUGCUCAGACCCGAUCUGAGCCCUGGAGAACAGCAGAUAUUCUCAUGCAAACACUGUCCCUCCACGUUCUUCAGUUCUCCGGGUUUGACCAGACACAUCAACAAGACUCAUCCCACAGAGAACAGACAGGUGAUGCUCUUACAGAUGGCCGUCAGGCCGGGAUGCUGAUCUCCCUUCAGAAACAUUUAACGGCUUGUUGUUAAUAUUAUCACUCAAUAGGCUACAUCCAGUGUCUUUAUGUGGGGAUAUCGAACUUGGAGCUUGACAACAGAGAUAGUUUAUGUAUCCUUGAUUAUCUUGGGUAACACUAUAUAACUUUUAUUAACAGACAUUAUCCACCUUAUUUUUCAGGUAAGAACGAGCGCGGCCAUUUGUAAAUUGAAUGUGUCUGACUUCCGGUGUCAUUAUUUUUAGUUGUACAAAACGCUGCUUGAUAUUCCAAACUGGUAUUUCUUACCAUGUCGUUUUAAUGUAUUGUCGUAAUUAUAAACACACAGAUUUACAGCUUACAAAAACUUAGGCUAGUAAAUCGCAAAUGUCGCACAUUCACAGAAAACACUUUGCUUCCGCGUUGAAAAAUAAGGUGGAUAGGGUUAAGGGUGUAACGAUACCUUCAUGUCACGAUACGAUACAUAUCACGAUACGGUAUUAUUGCGAUACUGAAAGACAUAUGGUAAAAGGUUAACAAAAAAUGUACUGUUGAUUAAAAUGCUAAAUUUGGUAUUACAUUGGGGGUGGAAAUGAAUAGGCUUGGACAAUGGAUAUUUUAGAUAAAUAUGCUUGCACUUUGUCACUGACUAGAUAUAUUUAAAAUAACGUAGGCCACUUUUUACUGGUAACAAAAGACAUUUGGCAUUAUCAGGACCCACAUAUAUUACCCAAGUUAUUUUAUAUAUAUUAGAGAUGAUAUAUAAUUAUUGCUUUGAUUAUUUUUUAUUAAUUUCUGUAACUUUUCCAAGCCUGUACAUCUCAAUUUUCUGAAAAUUGCUAGUUUUCCACAACUCUGUAUAUAAUUCUUUACAUAUCAGUUCAUACACAUUCAAAUAUGAAUAUCAUGUUCACUUACAUGUUUAAUUCACCUCUAUUUCAAAUUCAUUAAUGAUAAUAUCAUUUUGAUAAAGUUAUGAAGUGUUAUCCAUAAAAGGUACUUAAUGUUGCCGAUUUAAUUUAAUUCAUGAAACUGUUUAUAGUGGUAAAGACAUCAAAUCUAUCAGGCUUGAGACUCAAAGCUCACAGCAGGUUAUUUCAUUAACAUUCAUCAUUAUAUUACGGGAAAAAGUGAAUGAAUAUAUUUUGUGUCUCAUUGUGAAAGCAACUCCCAUGGAAAGCUUGUUUAGUCUCAAUCGUAUUAGAAGGUGCUUUGAUUUCUAGAUCAUGAAUUAAAGUACUGUACGUUUCAUUAUUUUAAAUGACAACAGCAGCUGCAAAAAAGAAAAUGUAUUUAUAUCAUAAAUAACUGCCAAGAGAUGCCAUAGCAUACAUUAAGACUAUUAGAGGCCUACAUGUAAUAAUAAACCAUAAGUGUCA